AUGUCUUUCACGCCUUCCACCAACCCUAUCUUCCUCUACUACCGGCCAAAGUCAUCAGAAGGAGCGAAAUCUUCGAAGGAGCAUAUCAAGGUCGACAACGCCGGUACUCCAGCUGGAUCCGCGCAGCACAAUGAUGAACGUGUGGAGAAGUCUGGGAUGAAAGAGAACAGCAGGCCAAGGAAGAGUAAGGGAAGGCUGAAGAUGCUACCUAGCAUGCCACUGGAUAUCCUCUUCGAGAUCUUCGGCAGACUCACGCCACCCGAUCUGUUGCACCUCUCGAGGACUACAAAGCCCCUUCGCUGCAUACUUAUGCACCGCUCGGCCGUCUUCGUAUGGAAGGACGCGCUCGCGAAUGUGCCGGACCUCCCGGCCGCUCCGGAGGGGAUGUCUCAGCCGAAGUUCGCGAGUUUGAUGUACGAUGCGUUUUGCCAUGGGUGUCUCGUACCUGGCGUUCGCACCGCGUACUUCACACUACACAUACGCUUAUGCAACAAAUGCCUGAAGAAGCACUUCGAACCUUUAGACAGGAAAUUCCAUCUGAGGUAUGGUGCGGGGACAGAAGAGUGCCUCGCUCGUGACAAGGUUUACAAAAUGGGGGACCAGUACUGCUGUCUCAUCAAGGAGCGAGAAGCGAUUGUUGAAGUAUUGCAAAAACUCGAUCGGGAAGAACGAGCCAAGUUCCGACAGGAGGAGACAGCUAGAGUUCAAGCACGAACUGCGAACGCAGAAGAGCUCAACAAGUGGUUAAAUAAACAGUCCGAAAGUCGUGGUCGCGAGCUGGCAUCUAUCCGAGAGGAACGUCAAGAAGCUAUCGAAGCCAAACUCGAGGAACUUGGUUGGAAAGAGGAGAUCGACGCGCUGCCUGAUUUUAACCACUGGGAAGCUUCGGCUUGGUGCAUUGGUAUGUUCGAAGACCAUCCACACGUCAAAAAUGCGAAGCCUCUUACCGAGCGCAUCUGGGCGAAUAUCAAGGAUGACAUGAUCGCGUACAUGGAAGAGAUGAAACAGUUCCGGCUCAAAUACGAGCGCCAUAUGCUCGUGAAAGGACGUCAGGUGCUGGCCUUGCAGGCGUACAACAAGCAUCAGCGUGCAAACCCCAUCUCUAUUUCCUCCACCAACUUCUGGCCGGGAGGAGCCGACUUCCUCGUGUGGGACCGCGUCAAAGCCAUCAUCGAGCAGCCCACUUCCGACGCGCUGACCGAGAACGACUUUUCUGGCGCGCUAAGCGAAGUCUACCCAUGGAUGCAGGACUGGUGCCACACGCGCAUUCACCAGCUGAUGUACACAGACCCUCUCUACGCCAAGGACUUGGUCACGGCUGGGGACCGCGCCCUGCAGCUUGCGACGGCGGUGUUUAUGUGCACAAACACAGACGGGCGUCACACCCACAAGUUCUCGUACGAAGAUGUGAAAGACUCGUCGGAGCUGAUGUGGUACCCCGAGUAUCUGCACCACCGGUGCAACCGCACGCGUAUGCUGCGCUACGAGGAGUACUACAAACACGAGGAUAUCGUGCUCGGCAAGGGCUAUUACUGCAACACGGUUCAACGUCCCUGGUCGGCCGAGUACCUCCAGCCUGCGGAGAAGGCAAGGAAGAUCGUGACGAGUCUGUUGAAAAUAUGCGGGCUCUCGGUGGCAACGACGACGGCGGAGUAUAUGGAUCAAUGCGAUGUAAGGUUUCUUUGUGUCAAAUGCAACUAUGGGCGGUGUGAUGGGGAGAGGGAGGUCACUGCAUGGACGUGGAGAGACGCGAUCAGCCAUUCCUUUGUGAAGCACUUCGGCUCCGCAUCGCUAGAAUGGGAGGUGUUGUCCUACGCUGAUACGGACAAGCUUAGGCUGAGCGAACGCCCUCUGAAGGAACGCGAGGACCAAGCCAAGGCCUGGCAAUGCGCACGGUGCCAUGACCUGCCUUCAGAGCCGUGGAACAUGACGAAGCAGGAGGUGAUCGAUCAUCUUGAUAUCCAGCAUGCCGCCAUUCCAGAGGACGUAGAGGAGAUUGUGGACUUUGUUCGCGCUCCUGAUGCACCUCCUGCAUUGGCAAAACCAGUGCGGUGCAAACCAAAGGCUGCGAUGUUAUACAGUGUUUCUGGGAGGAUAUAAGACUGUGCACGAUUGAGUCCUUUGCUUACAAUUUAUAUAUACCUUAAUCUUAC